AUGCAGAAGGAUGAUGCUGAAUGGCGUGCGAUCCUCAACAAGGAACAGUUCCGCAUCCUCCGUCAGAAGGGAACCGAGAUGCCCAACACGGGAAAAUACAACCACCAUUCCAACGCUGGCAUCUACACCUGUGCAGGCUGCGGCACCCCCUUGUACAAGAGCACGACCAAGUUCGACAGCGGCUGCGGGUGGCCGGCGUUCUUUGACGCUAUUCCUGGCGCGGUGGUGCGCCAUGAGGAUCGGAGUUUGGGAAUGACCAGGACGGAGAUCACUUGUGCGGCCUGUGGAGGGCAUUUGGGGCACGUGUUCAAGGGGGAGGGGUAUAACACUCCUACGGACGAGAGGCACUGUGUUAAUAGUGUGAGCUUGGACUUCACCAAGGAUGAGGAGUGGAGGAAGAAGCAGGAAGAGGAGGGGAAGGAGAAUGGUAGGGACGAGUUGUAG